ACCUCUUCAUACGCGCAGGUUUUUGCUACAUGUAUAUCUAGCUGUAAAGAAAAUGGCGUAACGUUAAAUAUUAAGGAAGUUAUGAAACUUGUGUGUUUUUUUUUUCAAUCAGGCAUGUUCAUAGAGAAAAAACGGUACGACCUAUUGUUGACGAAUGCAAAAGUUAGAAGAUGAGAAAUGGCAUAGCAAAAACUUUCCUCAAAGUUAUUUCAUAAUCACAUAAAAUUAGGACUCGGGUAUUUAUUUGCAAGAGAUGUACUGUGCAAAUUUGUAUGUGAAGAUACAAAAGAAUUUACUAAACAAGUGCUAAAUAACCAGCCUGUAGUGUCUGAAUGUCACAUGUGCAGAACUUCAAACCUGUUAGAAUGUCCGACGAGUGGUAUUUGUAAUAGAGAUGUUUCUAGAUGUCGAUAUCACUCUGGUCUAUCUAGUGCAUAUCGUAUUUGUCCUAAUGGCAUUUGUGAUCAAUUCAAACGUCGCAUAGAGUCAGAUCAUAGAAGUGAACCGGCAUGGAGGAACACUGAUGCUACAAAAUGGUGUACAUCUGAGAUCGAAGUUGUCAAAUGUUUUAUGCCAGAAAAAGGAUACGACGCUGUUGCCCUAUUUUGUGAUAUAGAUUUCCAUGGAAUCAUAAGUGUACUUAUCAAUAACCAGCGAUUUCAAAACAAGCUGUCCAUCCAACAAUCACAAAUAAAGAAGAUACGUCAAAUCAACAAUGACUUCAGGCAUUCGGCUAAUUUAUCUUUGGAGGAUCGGGAACUGGUGGACAACCUAGAUUCACUGAUUGGUCUUUUAGAAGACCCGAAAUAUCUAAAUGGAAUAUCAACAGCCGCUGUUGAGACUUUAAAACAGUUGAAAACAAACACAUUCGACAUAAGCUCAACGGAAAUUAGCAAGGUUCUAACCGAGGCUAUCAAAGAGAGGGAAUCGGCUGCUUUGCAAAAUGUCUACGAGCAGAAGGAUCAGUCACUAACUCUACUGAAGGAACUGUAUGAUCGGUAUAAAGAAGCCGCUGAAAAUGUAACUGCGGACUCCUUAGCUGCAAUCAUAGAUUCUAAGAUGAUCGCUGUUUUAGAACUGACAGAGAAGGCAACACAGCUCAAUACUAUCAUAAUGAGGACAGGUAACAGGGAGCAAAGGAAACUUCACAGAACUGCUUCCCAAAUCAAACGAUCAUUUGAAAGGGAAGAACAUACUAAACAAGACGAUCAUGUUCUGCUCGUCAAACCUAGAAGCGAAGUCAUACAAGAAUUUCGAAAUGAUCUGAUUGACUUUUAUAAAGAGGAGCAUAAAUAUCUACCUAUAUCGCCAAUGAUUGACACCAAUAAGGCACCACUGCUUCAUUUUUACGUCACCUCAGCAAUGUAUAACAUUGACGUAGAAAAACAGCCAUAUAGAAAUGAAGAAUCUAAGUUUACUCGGCCUGUGAAAUCGUAUGAUAAUAUUUUUUUCAAGGACAAUAAGAUUUGUAAGAAUAUUUAUGUGACAUCUCGCGCCGGGAGUGGGAAAACAUGUUUUUCAAAACGAAUGACUUUGGCAUGGUGCCAGGCAUGGAGUCCAGAAGCAAGCUCUCGAGAGUGUUUUGAAAUAGAAAACACGAUUGCUAUGAAGAGGUUUAGUUUUUUAUUUCAUUUAUCACUACGAGCAUGUCUUUCGAAAGAGUGUGAUAUUGAUGAGAUAAUCUACAGUCAACUCAUUAGUAAAUUAUCAAGAGAACCCGAGUACAAACAAAUCAUAAAUCAUUUGCUUUCCUCAGAGGAGUGCUUGAUUAUCAUCGAUGGACUUGACGAAUGGAGUCAUCCAACAAAAAAGAAGAAACGCUGUAAAGAUUUCCGAUCAAAAAUCCCGCAUCGUAAAUUUAGAAAGCAGGUAACAUAUCUUACAACUUCAAGGCGUUGGAAGUUUCAUGAAAUCACAGGAGAAGCUGUACAAGUUGAUCAACAUGUUGAAAUGAUGGGACUUGAUAAUGAUGCUGCUUUCUUAUUGACAAAAAAUGUCAUAAACCACUUAAAUGAUCGAUCUGGACAGAACAAGUCCUCAGAAAGCUUUGAGGAAAUGCUCGACUCAAAGGGAGUUAGAAACUUCAUACAGUGUCCCUUAAUUUUGAUGCAGUUUUUGUGCCUGUGGUAUGACGGAAAUGACCCUGGAGAGUCUAAAUGCCAAAUUUUUAGCAAUUUGCUAGAAUUAUUAUUUAAGCAUGCACAGAAAAGACCAAACUUCGAUGAGCAAUUUAAAAAUAUACCACAUUCAAAAGGCAAACGCUCAAACAAAAAAUUACCGAAAAGCUUUUCAGCUGCCCCAAUCUGUCAAAAAUAUCAUCGCAUGUUGUAUUCACUUUCAAAGUUAGCUUUUGAAACAAUGUUCGGAGACAAAAACACUCUGGUAUUUGAUCGGAGUAUUGUUGCUAUAUAUCUUACAGACAAGGAGUUUACGUUAUGUAUAGAAACUGGAAUUCUACUACAAUCGAAGGAAACCGGUUAUCUGGCAAUGGAGGGGCUUAAUUAUUCCUUUCUGCACAAAAUGUUUCAUGAAUUGUUAGCGGCACUCUUCAUUUCGUCAAAGACCGAUUUGCCAAAAGCUAUGCUACCGAAAAUCCUAAAAAAGUUCAAUAAUAUCGAUGAUAUUUUACGCAUGGAUAUGUUUUUGGUGUUUCUGAGUGGCUUUACUCCGGGCGUGGCAAAGACACUUUCACAAGAAUUUAUUACUGUAGUAUCACAGGAAGAAUUGACUUCAAGGUACAGAAGAAAUAUUGGAACAAUUUUUAUAAAGGACUACAAUAAAAUGCAUGAACUUUCCGAUUUAAUGUUGUCAUGUGUUCAGGAAAUUGACGGCAAUUAUCCGAAUGAAGACACGAAUGAAGACGCGGACGUUUGUCUUGAUGAUAUUUUCAUUGACAAAAAAUGUGCAGAGAGAAAGUCUAUGACAGCAAUGUCUAAGCUGGUUGCUUGUAAUAAAGAUACUAUAAAGUCACUCUAUAUACAUGUUCACCAAAAUGUUAACGAAGAACAAAUAAAUGGCAUUUUGUCAAGUAUGAGGAUAGAGUCAGUACAAUCUCUAGACAAGUUGUUUGUAUGGGGAAAUGUAGAAUCUUCUACUGUGAACUCUGUGUUGGCAAAUUCUAAACAUUCUCUGCACAUAUUAGAGCUAUGGAAUCAAGAUUUCACUGGAAAGUGUUUUCCAGCAUUUCAAACUAUGAAUCAAAUCAGUGGAUUGUCGCUUAUGAGUUUGAAAAUGUCCCACAUGCAAAUCUUAGAUUUGAUGACAUACAUUUCUCAAAAUGAAAGUUUGAAGGACCUAAAUUUAAACAAAAUUGAAUGUUCCGAACAUGGUACAACUUGUAAAGGAUACGGAAUACAGAUAUGCCCAAAAGCUAAACCUCGAAUAUUGUUUCUUGACAAACUUCUUGCAACUAAUAUAUCAGUAAAUACGGAGAAGUUAGACAUUUGUGUAGUAGAAUGGCUAACUAUAAAAGGUUCUUUAGGCUCAAUGCUUACCUGUCUUGAAAAAUCUGCGUCUAGUCUCAAACGAUUUGAAUGUGACUUUGCAGCUUCUGAAUCAGACACUAGAAGUUUAAUUACUGCAGUGCCACAGUUUGUUAAUCUAAUCUAUUUGAGACUUAGAAACAUUAAGAUUGGCGGAAACAUUUUGAAGCUCUCUGGAAUGAACGUUCUUAUGCGUAUACACAUCUGGCAUUCAUCGAUGUCAGCAAACGUGCUCCAAUGUAUUGUGAAUGAUUUAGAAUCGUUAGAUAACUCUGUUAUUGUCAUACUUGAUGAUUGUGAAAUAACACCUGAUGACGAGGAGCAACAGAUUCGAGAAUAUGUAAAGACAUGUGAACGUUUUGAGGUGAUUAAAGAGGAGCGUCGUGCAAAGUACAAACAAUUUCAUUUCAGAUCCUUGUCAAAACAAGAAAGUCUACCUCAUGAGUAAAGUUUCUCAGGGAAGUGCUGUGAGUGCAAGAUAUAUAACUCACUUUGUAUGUUAGUGCCGAGACAAUAUUAUGAUAGCUCAAAGCAUACCAAGAUUAUUAUAUUUUAUGUGGAAUCUUCAAAGAGGCCCGAAUGUGUUUUUUAAUAUGUUUUAGUACUUCAUUUUCGUUUUUUUUCCAGUACUUUUGUACAUACAUAUUUAGCAAGGUAUAUAGACAAACCAUAUCGACAUUUUAUGACAUAGAUCUCAUUUCCACUGCCUUUGUUUUAACAUAUUGAUAAAUAUAAAUAAUAUGUUGAAAUGUACAUGUGUAUGCUUGUAUCUACAAUGGAAAUGUGAACUAAAUGUUCCCGCAAAGAUAUUUCCGAGUUUAAUAUUGUAGACGCCAUUUCACAAUAGAAAAUUUUUUAUCAGCAAUAUAUCAUGCGAUAUCAUUAUUCGGGAAUUUCAAAUAGAAUAUUAAAAAACAAUGUUAACAUUGGAACAGGUCAAACAUUUAUUUCUUAUAAAAGUUGUCGACUGUGUACAGGAAAUUGGCUACAAUAACCCUUAUAAUGAAGUAGACAAGAAAUGGGCAGAGAGAAAACAUGUGCCAAGACUGCUAUGCCGAUUAUUUCUAUUGCAUUCAGAACACCUCACCGAUAACCAAUAAUCAUCCCGGAGACAAUUAGUAUUAGUCUCCUUUCAACAUUACAAAUAACAAAUAUAGCAACUGUUUCAAAAGUUUAGUUGAUUUGUUUCUGAGGAAGAUUUGGGCGUAUUUCGGUUCUACUUAAUUGUUUUACUUACAUCAAUAGUGUAAAAGUGUAAGCGAUCCUGUGUCCAC